AUUUGAUUGUCAGUACCUGCUUGAGUUAGUCAACGUAUACACUUCUAUACCUCAAAAAAAAUGGAAGAACUUGACAAAAACCAGCUGACCCUUCUGAAGAAUGCCUUCGACGCAUUCGACCACGAGAAGAAAGGAGUCAUCAGCACAGACAUGAUUGGCACCAUCCUGGAGAUGUUAGGGCAUGAGAUAGAUGACGACUCCUUGAAAGAAAUCAUAGCUGAAGUUGACGAGGACGGUUCUGGAGAGUUGGAAUUCAACGAAUUCUGUAAGCUGGCAGCGCAGUUCCUUACAGAAGAAGAUGAGCCGGACAGUGAAGCCAUGACAGCCGAGCUCAGAGAGGCCUUCAGAUUAUAUGACAAAGAAGGUAACGGCUACAUCACAACAGACGUGCUGCGUGAGAUCUUCAUGGAACUGGACAGCUCAAUCCCGAAGGAUGACCUGGACGCCAUGAUUGAGGACAUUGACUCUGACGGCUCGGGCACUGUGGAUUUUGAAGAAUUCCUUGAGGUCAUGACUGGUGAAUAAACCAACAGUCGAGUUUAGUUUUAAGUCUACUAUAAGCCAUUUACCUUUACAAUUAAUUAUGAAAAUUAGUUCUUAUUAUUUAUCUAUAAGGUAAUGUUUAUGCUUAAGCUAAGUAAAGUGAUAUUUAGAUUAAGUUCCGACCAAGAUUCAUUUUGGAUCGUCUGCAAACGUAUCAGACAGAAACAGAUUGAAUUUUGAUGAAAGCUAUUAGUCCACUUUGUAAAUAUUAUUCUAAUAAUGUACAAAUACUGCCCGCAGGGAAUAUUUUUUAAUAAAUAAUGAAUUCCAAAUA